AUGACAGGGGGCAAUUUAGGGUUGAUUUCAAUUCAAUUCAGUACGGAUCAACCUCUCUUUGAUUUUGAAGAGACAUACAAGGGGAUCGAAGAACUAGUUGACAGAAGGCAAGAAACAAUGAACAAGAUAGAAAGAUCGCAUCAGAUGUACAGAGAUGGUAACUAUGAAGAAGCGCUUGAAUUUUAUACAGAAGCUCUUUCGAUUGCCAAGACAAACCCUCAGAAGAUCGCCCUUCAUAGCAAUCGAGCCGCCUGUUUUCUCAAACUCCACCACUUUAAAAAGGCAGCAGAGGAAUGUACUUCAGUGCUUGAGCUUGAUCAUGAGCAUACAGGAGCCUUAAUGUUGAGAGCUCAAACAUUGGUCACCCUUAAAGAGUACCACUCUGCACUCUUUGAUGUAAACAGGCUGAUUGAGUUAAAUCCUUCAUCAGAAGUAUAUCAAAAUCUUGAAGCCCGCUUAAAGACACAAUUGUCUCUUGCUCCAAUACCCGAGCUAGAAGAAGAAGAAGAAGAAGAAGAUAAUGAAGAAGAUGAACAGUCUACUUCAGUAGAAAUAGCAGAAAAUGAUAUUGAUGACACAAAGGGACAUGAGCCCGAUACUGCGGUAAGCAAUCUUGAAAAUGUGGAAAUUACCAUUACGCCCUCUCAAACGCAAAGCCUGAAAGAGGAAAUUCCAAAACCGAAAGGGCAUUCGCGUCUUGAUUAUUCAAGAUGGGAUAAAGUUGAAGAUGAUAGUAGUGAAGAGGAUGAAGAUGAUGAUGAAGAUUCUCAACCUCAGUAUCGUUUUCGUGUAAAAAAUAUUGGUGUAAGGUCCGUAAAGUAGAUAACAUUAUAAUGAACCUUAGUAUAUUACUAUUAUACCCCUGGGCCACGGCCCCACAUACGAAAGGGGUUGGAGAUGAUACGUUUGUACAGUUUGGUUGGUAAGCAGGGUGAAUGGUUCAAACGGUGUAGAAUAUACUAUUUGAUUGAAGAUGAAAGAGUGGCUGGAAACGGGUCCCUUUACCAUAAAAUUUGUUUUUUAUUUUUUAUUUUUUAUUUUUUAUUUUGUGUACAUGUGGAGUAUGAUGUGGGAAGAAUAUACUUAUGAAGCAGAAAACUUGAAAAAUAAAAAGAUACCAGAAC